AUGUCUUUCCUCUUCGGUGGUCCCCCCAAGAUGUCCUCGGCAGAGAAGAUCGCUGCCGCAGAGACAGAAGUCGAGAUGGUCUCCGAUAUGUUCAACCGUCUCACCGAGUCCUGCCAGAAGAAGUGCAUUCCCAACGACUACCGCGAAGGCGACCUGAACAAGGGCGAAUCCGUCUGCCUCGACCGCUGCGUCUCUAAGUUCUUCGAAGUCAACAUCAAGGUCAGUGAGAAGAUGCAAGGCGAGGCGGCCCAGAAGCAGGGCGCUCCUGGAUUCGGCAUGUAA